CCCUCGCAUGCACCGUGGCCGGUUACUGCGCCUCCGCCUGCCUUUCGCUGCCGCGUCCAUCCCGGUCGACGUCCAAAUCUGUCGCGCUCCGGCAGAUCACAUAUUGUCCCCCACGUCCGUCGACCGUUGUCCACUCCGCUCGAUAUGAGAUCGAUCGCCCCGCUUCGCGGAAUCUGCGCUCUAGCUCUCGGAAGCGGCCGUCGCCGUCCUCUCUCUUCAUCCACCGGCGGCUCAGCGCAGCGAGCCACGCACCGGACGGCAGCAGCGAUGGCCAAGGCGUCGCGUCCCUGCCGGGGAAGAUUUUGUCGCGUCCCACCACGCAUGCCGACGUUCGGCAGAGUCCAGGACGCACCGGUGGGGUAUGAGAAGAACCCUGAGGCCAUCGAGCUUGCCCGGUUCGCAGUCUCCGAGCACAACACCAAGGCCAACACGGCGCUGGAGUUCGAGAGGGUGGUGAAGACGAGGGGACAGUUGGUGGCCGGGACCUUGCACUACUUUACCAUCGAAGUCAACCAAGCCGGCGCCAAGAAGCUUUACGAGGCCAAGGUCUGGGUAAAGGAGUGGGAGAGCUUCAAGGAGCUCCAGGAAUUCAAGCCGGCCAAUUAAGAUUAAUAAUAUGUUAGCUCAAUCUUGUGGUAGGAUUCUACCCAACAUG